AUGGAAGGAAGCCUGAAGAACAUCCUGGUGCUUUCCUGUGGAUUUCUACUUCUCUUUACUGCCUACGGAGGUCUGCAGAGUCUGCAGAGCAGCCUGUACAGCGAGGAGGGCCUGGGGGUGGCGGCGCUCAGCACACUCUAUGGCGGCAUGCUGCUGUCCUCCAUGUUCCUGCCCCCCGUCCUCAUCAGAAAGCUCGGCUGCAAGUGGACCAUCGUCAUCGCCAUGUGCUGCUACGUGGCCUUCUCCCUGGGCAACUUCUACGCCAGCUGGUACACGCUGAUCCCCACUUCCAUCCUGCUGGGACUUGGAGCGGCCCUGCUGUGGUCCGCGCAGGGCACCUACCUCACCAUCAUGGGAAACACGCACGCAGAGAAGACAGGAAAGGUUGGCAAAGACGUGGUCAGCCAGUAUUUUGGCAUCUUCUUCCUCAUAUUCCAGUCGUCUGGUGUGUGGGGCAAACUGAUCUCGUCUCUGGUGUUCGGCCAGACGCCCACUCAAGGGGCCAUCCCAGAGGAGCAGCUCCUGUCCUGCGGGGCCAGUGACUGCCUGAUGGCCACGGUGUCCACCAACAGCACAAACCGUCCCUCCCAGGAGCUGAUCUACACCCUGCUGGGCAUCUACAUGGGGAGCGGCUUCCUGGCGGUCCUGCUCACCACCGCGUUUCUGGAACCCGUAAAAGACGCUCAGCGGAAAAGUGAGGGAGAGAAGCAAGCGCCACCGUUCUGGUCCACUUUGCUGUCGACGGUCACGCUGUUUAGAGACAAGCGCGUGAGCCUCCUGGCCCUGCUGCCGCUGUACUGUGGGUUCCAGCAAGCCUUCCUGGCCGGCGACUACACGCGGUCCUACACCACCUGCGCCCUGGGGAUCCAGUUCGUGGGCUACGUGAUGAUCUGCUUCUCAGCUGUCAACGCACUGUGCUCCGUGCUGUAUGGGAAGCUGGCCCAGUACACGGGCAGGAUCGCUCUCUUCGCACUGGGGGCCGUGACCCACCUGUCCUGCAUCGUCGCCCUCCUGCUGUGGAAGCCCCACCCCCGCCACCUGCCUCUGUUCUUCGCCUUUCCUGGCCUCUGGGGCAUGGCCGACGCCGUCUGGCAGACCCAGAACAAUGCUCUUUUCGGGGUCCUGUUUGAGAAGAACAAGGAGGCUGCCUUUGCCAGUUACCGCCUGUGGGAAGCCCUGGGCUUCGUCAUCGCGUUCGGAUACAGCACGUUUCUGUGUGUCAGCGUCAAACUCUACGUCCUCCUGGGUGUCCUGAGUCUGGCCAUGGCGGCAUAUGGAACUGUCGAGUAUCUGGGGUCCAAGAAGGUGGUCAGGCUGCUCACCGAAGAGCAGACAAAACCAGCUGAGGAAGGAGUGACACAGACAAAAAUGUGA